ACACACACACACACACACACACACACCACACUCUGGCUGGUGCAGGGAGCCAGAGCCCUGCAGAAGGCUGGAGCUGCAGCUCUUUUCCCUACAGGGACCACCUGGAGGCUGCGGGACACCACUGCAAUCUGAGAGAUGCCUCUGACUUCCAGAGCCCCGUGGAUGUCACGGACCUCCUGGCGGAGCAGCACUUUGAGGCGGCCUUGGCUCUGCACCUAUACAGGGGUGGCCGGCUCCUGCAAGGUCACGGGAUUCCCUUCGGGGUCAUCUUUGGGGGCACUGAUGUGAAUGAAGACACUGGCCAGGAAGAGAAGAAAGAAGUGAUGGGGAAAGUUCUUGAGGAAGCCAGGUUUGCUGUCACGUUCACAGAGUCCAUGAAGGGGAUGGUGCUGAAGCAGUGGCCGCAUGCUCAGGGUAAGAUCUAUGUCCAGAGUCAAGGAAUCGCAACAAUACCAAAUGCCGCCUUCAACUGGAACAGCUUCCUCCAGCGUGCAGAGAUCUACCAGAGCACCGACCAGCUGCACGUGUUCCUCCUCGUGUGUGGGCUGCGGCGCGUGAAGGACCCUCUUUACCUGGUGGAUGCGUUUUCAGAAUGGCACCAAGAAGAGUCAAGUGUCUACAUGGUGAUCGUGGGUCCGGAAGUGGAUCCCGUCUUCACCAGAGAAGUAAGAGCCCGAGUGCAGAGGGCCCUCGGUGUGCGGCUGCUUGGGGAGAUGCCACAGGGGGACCUGCAUGCCGCCCUGAAGAGCUGCUCAGCGCUGGUGAACAGCUCGCUGUCGGAGGGCAUGUCGGCUGCCAUCCUGGAGGCCAUGGAUCUGGAGGUCCCUGUGCUGGCCAGGAACAUUCCAGGGAAUGCCGCUGUGGUGACGCACGGAGUCACAGGGCUGCUGUUUGCAGACCCACAGGAGUUCGUUCACCUGGCCAAGAGACUGGUGCGAGAUCCCAUGCUGGAGAAAGAGCUCGUGGCCAACGGAAGGGACUACAUGAACAGGACUGCCUUUAGAACCCUUGAUGCACCAGAAUUCCCAGAACUCACCAAAGCUCCCGUACUCGUGGCUACAGAGUAUCAGCGAAAGGGUCAGAGGGAAGCUGCAGUCUGAGUGGAGGAGAGCAAGUUUGAGACAAAGCCCCGUAAA